AAAAAAAAUUUUUUUUUUUUUUGACUUUCGUGCGAAAUUUCACAAGUCAUACUUUAGAAAAGGUUAACUUCAACUGAUUAGACAUCUAUCUCUUUUGAAAAUUCCAAUAAUUGAUUGUGAUUGCCUUCUUUCCGAACCAAUGAUUGCUUAGGUGCACCAUGUCAGACUCAGAAAACAAUUGUCGGAUUUGUCGUGGUGAAGGAACGCCAUCACAGCCAUUACUCCAUCCUUGUAAAUGUCGAGGAUCAAUUCGUUAUAUUCAUCAAGAUUGUUUAUUAGAAUGGUUGAAACAUUCGAAUAAAUCUACUGAACAGUGUGAUAUUUGUAAUACUCCUUAUAAGUUCAGAACGAUUUAUGAUGAGAACAUGCCAUCUAAGAUACCAAUUAAGUUUAUUUGGCUUAAAUUUUUACAAGUUAUUAGCUCAACUUCAAUCAUCUCGUUAUCAAUUUUAUUAUACGUACUUUGUUUAAUCUUUCAAGUUCCUAUAUUUUGGAAAUUUAUUGGUAGAGCUUAUACUUAUGCUAUGGACGGACAUUUACCCCAUGUUAAUUCAACUUUUACUGAAGCCUUAAUGUUUGGAGAUGUUGAUUUUAGUCAAUAUGAUUUACCUCCGGUGAACACUCCGAAAUAUUAUUUGCUUAAAGCAGCAAAGUUUUUCGACUACACUUACUUCAGUGGAGCAAGAUACUUUAUUGUUUUCGGUUUUGUUAAUCUUGCAUUAUUUAUUGAACAUGAAUGGGUUGUUAGAGAUGAGGGUUAUACUAAAUUAUUACUUCGUAAAGUUGGUAAAGAACCAAGAACUAAGCUCGUUGAUAUGUUACAACAGGCAUUGGUUGGAUUGAGAAAUGAAGGUGCUAAUGGUAAUGAAGAUGCAAAUGCUAAUUUACAAAGAGUUCAAGAAUUAGUAAGAGCAAUUAAUGAUUUACAAGAACGUCAAACUAAUGGUCAACACGAAGAGGCUUUAAGAAGAGCCAUAAACGCUCAACCAAAUGAGGACCAACAAGAACAGGCACCUCCGGUUUUGUUCCCACAAGCAGAUCGUGGUGAAGAUGAAGAUAAUGAUAGUGAUUUGGACUUUGAUGACGAAAGUAGAACCAUUUUCAUUCGUCCUGAACUCCAAAAUCAACCUCAGCCUCAAAAUAUCCCAGAAUUUAAUCCUCCAAAUGAUGAUCCUCCUCGAAUUGUUGAUGAAUCUUCCGAUUCAGAAUCUGAAGAUGAAAAUGGUUUCAACGGUGAUGCUGCCGCUGCUGCUGCUGCCGAUAAUGAAGCUGCUGCCGCUGCUGCUGCCAAUGGUGCAGGAAACAUUUUUGAAUUUUUAGGUUUGAGUUUAAAUUUGAAAACUCCUAUAGUUCUGAUGAUUCUUUGUGAUGUUAUCAUUGGGGUUUAUUUAUUUUUCUUUUACUUGAUUCCUCAUAUGUUGGGUAAUGCUUUCACCGGAAUUUUUGGUCUCAUCAUUAGAAAUUUAAUUAGUCCUAUCAUAAAUUCAAUUUUACAAACUAAUCAGGGUAAAGAUUUGGUUAGACAUAUAAUCAAUGAUGAUGGCUCGUUAGUUAAAACUGGUAAUGAUUUCACUGAUUUUGCAGUUUUCACAAUCACCGAAUUAAUAAUUAAACCAGUUUAUCAGAUCUUUGACGACUUAUUUUUAAGAAAAAUUAGCCUCACGGUUGCUGAACUGACUGAAGAUUUUAAAUCUUUAACUUUGGUGGAAAGAAUUAUCUCGUUAUCGAUCGGUUACUGUAUUAUUUCCUAUGCUUGUUAUAAAUUUAUGAAAAAAUUGAUUUCUGGUUCAAAACCAAUCUUAGGUACUCCUAGAAAAUAUUUUAAAAUCCUUUUCGAAAUAUCUUCAACUUUGAAAGUAUUUUUGAUUUUUGCUAUCGAAAUUUUCUUCUUCCCAGUUUAUUGUGGUUGGCUAUUAGAUUUUUGUGCUGCUCCAUUAUUAUUGCCUCAUUUCACUACCAUUGACGAGUCUACUGGUAACCCAAGUUUCUUAUUAUUAUUUACUUCUGGGGUUCCAAAUUUACAAAUUCAUUAUUUGAGAAUCGGUUCUUAUUGGGCCUUAGGUACUUUAUAUAUGUUAUUUUUUGCUCUCUUCAUUGGUAUGGUUAGAAGCCAAAUAUUAAGACCAGGGGUCCUUUUCUUUAUUAGAAGUCCUGACGAUCCUAAUGCCAGAUUAAUUCAUGAUGCCUUGGUUAAACCUUUUAUGUUACAAUUAUCAAGAAUCUACCUUAGUGCUAAAGUUUACACCGGAUUUAUUCUCAUUGGUAUUGGUGGUAUUACGUGGGGUUUGCGUUAUAUCGUUACACCUUCUAAUGAUGAUAAUGUUUUCCUUCCAAUUCAAAAACCUAAUAUUUUUGCUAUUAUUGGUGGUUUAUUUUUAUUUAAUCGUUUGAUGAAUGAUAGACCUUUAAUUACUAAAUAUUGUAAAAUCUAUUGGACUAGAGUUUUUGAAAUAUCAUGUCAUAAAUUAAGGUUAUCACAUUUCAUUUUAGGUAAGCCAAUUGCACAAGAACGUGGUUAUAUCAUUUAUAGAAAUUUGUGGCAUAGAUUUUUGGGGGUAUCAUUACCAGAUUAUUCCAGACCAGUUAACUAUAAAAAUGCAUUGAGAAUAUUUAAGGAAAACCCAGAGGUUAAUGCAUGCUUCGUUCCUGAUGGGAAUUACAUUAGAGCUCCUGAUAAUGAUACCGUGUCUCGUAAAUUUAUAAAAAAAUUAUUUGUACCAGUGACAAAAGAUGAUAAGUUACUAGAAUCAAAUGAUACUAGUUUGAAUACUAAUGGAGGUUACGAAACGGAAUCAUCGGAUGAUGAAAUUAAUAAUGAUAAUGCUUAUACAAUUGUUUAUAGGCCACCAAAUUUCAAAACUAAAUGUUUGAAUUUAAUUUUGAUGUUAUGGAUCUUUGCAGUUAUUUUAAUAUUACUGAUUUUACUUGUCGCUUUAAUGAUAGGUAGACCAGUGACUAUGUUUUUAUCUCAGGUUCCAAUCAUUCCAGGUGAAAUUGAAAAAUACGGAUUAUCAUUAGAUGGGAAAUUAGCUGAUUUUGGUUCAAUUUUCAUUGGAUUAACGGUUUUAUUAUCAAUUUUAACUAACUUUGAUAAGAAAUAUGAGGAAAGAAUGAAUCAAGAAGCUAGAGGAGCAACGAACCCAACGGCUGCCGCUGCAAGAGAAGCAGGUCCAGCAAUUGACCAAAAUGAUGGACCAGCUAAUGAAGUUGGAGAAGAAAGAAAUAUUUUUGACCAGAUCCGUAAUUUAUUUGAACAAGAAAAUCAUUUAAGAGUGUUUAGAGGAUCAUUUAAUGUUACAAUGGUGACUUUUACCUUAAUAAUGAUUCAUUACUAUUAUAUUCAUGAACCAAUCAGUUAUUAUAGAAAUCAAAUAAUGAAGAGUGAAUAUUUCAAUUUUCUUGAUUUAAGUGGACAUGUUUUAGUAUUUAUAUGGACAAUAUUCCCAUUGAAGAAGGUAUAUGAUUAUACUAUAGCAUUUCUUUAUGGAGAUAUGGAAGCAGUUGAUGAAUGGAACUCACAAAUUUUUAAAUUAAUGGGACUCACUAUUUCAAUUACUUUACCAUUAUACGUUAGUGCUAAAAUGACCGAAACUUUAGUUGAAGAAAUGAAAUAUCGAUUCUAUUUCAUUAGUGGGUUAACUUUGAUAAUUUACACUUAUGGAGGUUAUAAGAUUUUACAAAAAUUAGAAGAACAAAUUAAGAAUGAAAAAUAUGUCAGAGGUAGAGCUAUUGAAAAUAUCGAUUUAUCCGAUGAAGAAUAA